UUCCGUGUUGUUAACAGGGUUUAGCUAGUCCACCGUGGAGUAUGAUGAGGCCCAGUUCAGCAAUCACAGAGUUUGGGGGAUAUUGAAGAGCCACAUGGAUCAUUGUUAGCCCAACACCCUGAAGCCUUCCUGAGCCGCAGUCAGACUUGUUUUAGAUCACACCCACAAGUCACAGCCGAUGGGCCAGCCGGUAACAGUUGGAAGCAGUUGUUAACAUCCUUUGGGUCUCUACGUGAAACAUCAGCCGGCAAUGGCCAGUCAUUUCCGUAGCUACAUCUGGGACCCGGUCCUCAUCGUGUGUCAGAUUGUGCUGAUGCAGUGCAUCUACUACAGCUUCUUGGGCCUGUGGUUGGCCGGAGUAGACAGCCUUGUGCAAAGUAGUCGGUCACUGGACCAGAUCUUCAGCUAUGAAGCCCUCGGUUUUGCAACCAUGCAAGGCAGGCUCUCAAUGAUGGCAUUCAUCUUGAAUUCUCUUACCUGCGCCCUCGGUCUGUGGUUCUUCAUCCGCCGAGGGAAACAGUGCCUGGACUUCACUGUCACCGUGCACUUCUUCCACAUGAUUGGCUGCUGGAUAUAUAACGCCCAUCUUCCGGCUGCCCUUUCCUGGUGGCUCGUGAACAUAGCCUGCAUGGCAUUGAUGGCUGUGAUUGGAGAGUACCUGUGCAUGCGGACUGAGCUCAGGGCAAUUCCAGUCAACAGUGGACCGAAAUCUAACCUGUGAAUUUUCUUUGGCGCCAAGCUGAAAGCUUGUGAAGAGUUAAUCCUUGAAGGACUCACUGAGGAGCCCCCCCCCCACUAUUGGAAAAGGAAAAGAACACGAAUCUCUGUCAGCACACAUGUUGGACUGUCAUUCAUUGUCUUUUCUCAUCAAGUGGUUCACCUGGAUGGACUGACCUAUUUAUUCAUAGUUGCACAUUAAAUAGUGGAGAGUGUGAACUCUGUAGCUCAAUAAGAUACUUGUUUUAAUGCUUUUGAAAGCACGUCAGUUUACAUCCCUCUCUAAAACUAAUUAUAGUCUAUAAAAAUGUAUUUUUUCUUAAUAGUUAUGUUUUUAUGUUCAAAUUCAGUGAUUCAGCUCCCCUUCUCUCAUUUUAAGAUUUAUUUUCUGAUUGUUGCAUUAUUGAAUUGGCAGACAAACACACAAAUUAAAAAGCUCUGUCCCAAAAGCACUUUAAAGAUGCCAGUGUGUAAAUUUCACUUCACAGGUUUGAUUGAUUUUUCUCACUUUUUAAAGUAAAAAUAUGGGAAAGAUGUGCUCAGUAUUGAAAAAAAGUACAGUGAUUAACAAAUUUAUUAGACCACCUACCAUGAAAAUAAGAAAACACAAAUGUUUUAGAAAUAUUUUAUAUUGAUUUUUAUUAGGCAAAUAAACCGAAUUCAUGUUUUUUGCCAAACUUACCCUGGACUUCUGUCAGAAAUGAAUCAAGCAUUACAAUCACUAAAACAGAUUUUUAUACUUUAGUAUUCAAAAUAUCAUUUUGAUUAAAGAGCUUGUGUAUACUGGUGGAUUAAUCAUUACAGAAAUGUAAAAAAGUAUUUUGGCAGUUAUCAUUACUGUUGAUUUAAUGCAGCUGUGGCAUAAACCUUACACUGGGUGGUGGCCUAAUACAUUUAUUAAGCACUGUAUGCU